AUGUUUGUAUUAGUUAAAACAAGUCAGUUUGUUUCAAUUCCAGCGGUUGUGAUUUUUACAUGUAGCGCGAAAGUGAAAGCCUGCUGUGUUUUCGAGACUAUGACAGGCACUUGUAUAACUGCUCACGAGAAGUUUACGAAGUUAAGGAAGCGACUUGACCAACUCGGAUAUAAACAACCACUAGGCUUAGACAGCUUACCAUUAGUAGAACGUUUAUUUUGUGAUCUUGUCUGGACUACUGAAAAUUUAAGGAAGGUUAGGACUGAACUGUCAUCGCAAAUUCAAAUACGAUCCACAGUUGAAGAUUACAUUGCUCCAUAUAAAGCAGACAACGGCAAGUUAAUACGUGAAAACAAUGAAAUUCAUCAUCGUCUAAUGACUGUUUGUCAAGACUAUGAAGAGAAAUUUCGAGGUUUGAAAAGUGAAUGUAGGAGGCUGGAAAAUGAAAAUGAAGACAUGAAAUAUUUUAAUUCCCAAUGUCUCGACAAGAUUCACACGUAUGAGAGGGAAGCUAAACGUAUGGUUGAACAAAUAUUACAUUUGCAAGAGAAAAAUUUCCAAGCUGUAGUUUAUACUCCAGAUGGUAAUAAAAAGCAGUUACCAUUUAGACGUCAACGAAUGGAUAUUGACAGUUUGGUGCCUCCUUCGAAAGAAACUAAGAAUAUGGAUGACUCAGCAAAUUAUUGUUGUUCAAUAGCCCGCAUGUGGGAGAAAACGAAAGGAAAGGAUUUUCCGAAGACGCUUAAUUUAUUAGAAAUGGCAACAAAACGAUGUGAAGAUUUAGAAAAACAAAUAAAUAGCCUAGAAGAAGAACUAGAAUUAAAUGAAAGGAAAGUGGAGAAUUUUCGUCAGCAGGUUCUCUUAAGAGAUACUGAGAUUGAACGAUUAAGAAAUAUUUCUGAAAAAGGUCGACCAUUGGAAACCUUAUUGAAUGACUGUAGUGGGAAGCAGUCGGAUCGAUUAAUUCAUCAGUUACAACUGCAAGUUGAUUUGUUGCAAGCUAGAAAUGGUGAAUUAGAAGCACGUAUUGUGGAAUUGGUUAAUCGUGAAGUCGCAAGUAUUCAACCUUCUCCAGAUUUAGUCAAUGCAGAAUGUCAAACUUUAUGUUCCUCAAAACUCCCGUUAGUGGAUAAUUCAUGUCAAACGAAUUCUGUGGACACUAUAUAUUGUCCAAAUCAUGCAAAGCCAUCUACUCAGUUUAAGAAAGAAAUUUAUGAAUUGAUUCAAAGAUUUGAAAAUAGUCGAAAGUGUGUGACUCAGCGUCUGCAUUCAAUCGUCACCAAAGAUCAAAACUUACUAAACGACCUAUCAAGAUAUAUCCCCUCUUCAUUUCACGGUCAGACAAAUUCUAAUGGUGAAGAAAUUAUUAAAUUUGUGGAAAAACAUUUGCAUAUCACUAAAGGUGACAGAGAUUAUUGUUACUCAGAAUUAGAAGUAAUAUCUGACAUUUUAAAGCAUAUAUCAGCGUAUCUGCUAACGAAAUGUGUUGUAAAUAAACUCAAAAUUUCUGAUUUACCAAAACCACCAAGUGGUUCUAAUAUUAAGAUGAAUAGUUGUUCAAGACGUCAACUUCGACGUUCUAAAUCUGCUGAAGUGCAUGGGAUUCAAUCGAAGGACUGCAAACUUUUACAAGGUGAAGUACGCUGUUUACAAACUGAAAGAGAUCAUUAUCAAGAAGAAUUAGAAAAAUCCAGACUGAAAUUUCACCGUCUUCACAUGCCAAGAAUACAGUGCAUAGAUAAAAAUAGUUUUCUUGAAGAUGAAGUGAAGUGUUUGCUCCAAGAACGUAAUGAUUUAGCUGCUCUGUUGAAUCAUUUUGAACGACAACUUCAUGAUAUUCAAGGUAAUGUUCGUGUUCUCACGAGUGAACGUGAUACGCUUGUUGAACAACUAUCACAAGUUAAAUUCGAUUUGUCAGAAGCAAAUAAAUGUCUACUUGAAGCAGCAAAGCAGAAAGAAAAGUGUAUACAUGAUAAUCCAACAUCUGUUUCCAAUUGCCUACAUUCAUGCAUUCACCAGCGGAAUCAGAAACUCGAUGCUGAACUCUGUAAGACUGUUCAAAACUUACAUCUUAUGACUACAGAAAGAAAUUCAUUACGUGAACAACUGAAUACCUUGACUACUGAGUAUGUUAAUGAGAAAGCUCAUUUACUUCAAUGCUUAGAGGAUAAUAAACGCCAAUUAGAAAGCGUUAAGCAAAAUGAACAUUUACUAGAACAACGUAUUGCAGAGUUAACCAAGUCUGUUGUGGAUACGAAAAGCGAACGUGAUAAACUGAUUGAGAAGUUGAAUUGUCUUGAAAAUCAUUAUGCGAAUACUGAUCAAAUCUCAGUUGUUGAACGAAAUUUACAAACGGUACAAACUCAUCUGGAAAAAGUUCAAAGAGAUUAUGAGAAAUCGCGUAAUGAGUGCACCAGCUUGUAUGUAACACUUCGUCAAUUGGAUCAAGAGAAAGAUCAUCUUCAAACAUGUUUGGAUGGGCGAACAGAACGUUGUAUAGCUUUAGAACGUCAGUUGGCCAUUUAUGAAACACAAGUAAAAGAUUUAAAAACUAAUAUUGAAACAUCCGAAAAGCAAGUUAUACGACUUACUCAAUCGAUUGUUGAACGAGAAACUGAAAAUCGUGAACUUGUAGAACGAUUAUCUAAAACAGAAUGUGACCUGAAGUCUACGUCGAAAAAUCAAGAAACACUUAUCAAAGAGAUUGAGAAGACAAAGGCUGAUAUGGAGAUAUUGGUUGGUGAAACACAACGACUUCAGGCAGAGAUAAAUUCUUCAUAUGAAAAACAAAGUGAAUUAGUUAGACGUGUAGCUGACAGUGAAAAAGAGCUUACAAGUGUGCGUGAUCAGUGCUCUUCAAAAGAACAAGAACGAGCAGAGUUACUCAAAGAAUACAGGACCCUUGCAUUUCAGCUAGAUGAAAAGAUAACACUGAUUAAUCGUUUGGAAAAUCAACUCAAAGACUUGGAUCAAAUACGUUCUGUUCAAGAGAAAGAAUUGUCAGAUUUACGUGAACAAUCACAAAAGUUAAAAAAUGAAUGUAGUAAUUAUGCUCAAGUUGUACAAUCACUAGAAGUACAGCUCAGUCUACUCAAAAGAACUGCUUCUGACUCAGAACAACGAGUUAGUCGUUUACAGACAGAAAAUGAAGAAAUUCGUCGUGAUUUAACAGACACACGAAAUCUGUGUGAUCGUUUAGAACGUCAGGGGAAUUCAUUUCAACAUCAAUACACCAUAAGUAAUCUGGAAGUAAAUCAGCUAAAAGCAAAAUUGUGUGAAACAGAAAGAGAAAUAACCGAUCUUCGAAAGCAGGUUGAUCAUGAGCAUGAAGCCUUACGAAGUUUCGAGUCCAUUUUAGGAUCAAGUCGUGAAGCUGAGCAUACAGCACAACUUGAACUAAGAGAAUGUCGAGCUGAAGUGUAUUCUCUACGUGAACGUUUAUCUGCCAAAGAAGCUGCCUUAUUGGAAUCUGAGAAUGAAAUUGCGAAAUUGAAUAGACAAUUAUUAUCACUUCAAAAACAGCCGAAUAAUCCUUCACCUGUGGUUACUAUUCAUGUACCCAACAGAGGUUCACCAGUAAAAUCUGUAUGUGAAAAUAAUAUAAAUACUUCAAAAAAUGAACAUCUUAACAAUUGUAAUAAUGUUCAUUCCAAUAUCGAUCUACUGCCUAGUCCUACAUCAUCUAUUGAAUUACCAAUUGAGUAUUCUGUCCGAGAAUCUAUUACUUCGCCUGUCUCAUGCUCAGCAUUUCGACUCGACUCAUGUAAAUCACAGCCUGCUGUCACUUCACCUGGUUGUGAUAAUACAUCAGUACUUACUUGGUCGAAUCCAUCAGUUUUUAUUCCUUCACUUACUUAUAACUCGAAGACAUCGGAUUCUGUGAAUGAACAGGGUGUUUCAUUGUGUAAACUACCCUCAAGUAUCAAUAAUUUUCUAUCUAAUUCUGAUUUAAAUCUAUCUCAGAUAGACGACAGUGGGAGGCCGGUAUCUGAAGAUAUAAUAUCUAGCAAAUGA